CAGCAGUGUGGUCUGAUUGGUUAAAACGUAGCAUGGGAAGACAGAACAGAAACACAUGGGUAGUAGAUUACGAAUCGUGGAUGCAAAUAUAUAUGUUUUAAUGCAGAUUUGAAAUAUAUUUAUGUGGCGUUUGAGGCUUUUUGCAACAUUGAUAAUGUGUCUUGAAUGAAAGUUAUUAUUCAUUAAGAGAUGGAGACAGCAGCCCUGGUAGCUCCAGUCACAGCUCUGGAGUUCCUUCAGGAUGCAUUUCUACUGACAGGUGAGGGUCCAGUCUUGACGGUGUAUGGUCUCCAACCUCGCCCUAAAGCCUGUGUCUCACUGAGUGUGCUCCAACACUACAGAAUCCAUGGGAUAAGACCUAGAAGUCUGGCGACUGUCCCAACACAGAGCUCUGCCACAGGAACCUAUGGGGAGGAGAAAGAUGAACUGAGCUCCAUCUCUGAGCCCAACUUCUAUGACCUAGCAGUGUUUGGAGGCAAGGCUGUGAGGCUGGUGAGGCUCCAUGUGGAUCUCCAGGAUGGGGAGCAUCGGCACUUGGAGAUUCUGGGUCCCCUCAUGGACCUGCAGGACUGGGCCCUGGAUGUCCGCUGGCUCUCUGGAGACAAACACUCAUUGCUCUGUGUGGCUGUAGCCCACAAUAGCGCUCUUCUCCUGGAUGUCAUUACAGGAAAUGCCCUGGUUCAGCGCUCCUGUCUCGAGGGGUGUCUGCUGUACUCUGCCCUCCUUCUGGUACAUGAAUCCUGGGCAGAUACAGUCUUAGUAGGAGGGACUGUUUUCAACCAGCUGGUUCUCUGGAAGCCUGGAGGAGAUGACAAAAAUAGCAAUUCUGAGCACAAAGCUUCAGUUGAGAGACGUCUUCUGGGCCACAGCGGGGUCAUCUUCAGCAUCUCUUACCUCCAGGAGAAAGGAUGGCUGGCUUCAGCCUCUGAUGACCGCAGUGUAAGGGUGUGGGGUGUUGGUGGUUUAGGGGGCCCUGGAGGAAAAUGUGGGGACUUGAACCCAGUUUGUUUAAGGGUCCUAUAUGGACACCAGGCUAGGGUGUUUUUGGUGCGUCUCUCCCCAGGGAAUGUGUUCAGUGCUGGGGAAGACGGGGCCUGUUUAGUCUGGGGCUGGGCUGGAGGUGGCAAGGUGGUUCGUACGUUGAAGGGACACCGAGCAGGGGGGGUUCGUGCACUCGCAGUCAGUGAUGGAACAGGAGAUGAAGGGAGAUGGGUGGCUACAGGGGGGGCAGAUGGAGGGGUGAGGUUGUGGAGGGUGGAAGGGAGUGAGGAGAGGAAGGAGAGAAUGGAGGAAGCAGUGACAGAGAAGCUAAGUGACCUGAAAUUUCCUGGUCAAGGCUUGCCUAAAGUGGUUUGUAUAGCAGCGGAAGAGAAUGAAAAUGCAAGUUGGAGUCAGAGUAAGUUUGUGGUUUGCACUGACCAAGGAAUAGUUUACCAAUACAGCAAAGGGCAGUGGGAGAUGGUCUGGCGAGGGACACCAGAGUUUCAAUCUUAUUGUGUGAUGGAAACAAUACCUGUCAGUGUGAAAGACUCAACAGCAAAAGUUAAUUUGUGUGCUGUGGGAAACCUCAGUGGGUCCAUACAAGUCUUUCCCAUCUCUCAUCCUCAGUGUGGGAUUCUUCUCACAGGAGGAUCAAGGAAGAUCCAUAGUCUUAUUUGGCAAGAGGCAAAAAAACACUUGUAUUUGCUAGCAUCAGGUGCUGAAGGACUUGUCUAUCGCUGGUGUAUAGAAGUAAAAUUAGAUGAAAACUGUUCCUUAGCUCUCAGUGUAAAUCCCCUUCCUCCUUUCAUCCUUCCCCCCUGCUCCAAACGCUGGCUGACAGCUGCAGUACCCCUCCACUCCACAUCACAGGGGGUGCUGUGGGUGUGUGGGGACAGGAGAGGGUCCCUGCUUUUAUUUCAGGAAGGAGGAAAACUGGAGCAAAAGACUGGAGAUGACAAAAGGAUGGAUGAAGGCUUGCUGACAGGCAGGAAACAAAGUGAUGAUCAAAGGGUUGAAGCUGAAGAAAAUGGAAGCGGUGGAGACAGAAAAGGCAAAAUUAUGGAGAAGAGAGAAAGAAAAGAAGUAGAUGACCUAACACUGCACCCACUGAGCUGCCUGUUCGGAGUGCAUGGAAAACAGGGUGUCACUUCAGUGUGUGAAUACCAGGGACUGCUCUACAGCACCGGCAGGGACGGCUGUGUGAGGGUCUUCAGAGUGCAUCCAAUACCACCAGAAAAACCUGAAGAAAAGAGUAAUGGAAAGAGUGUAGGGAACAAGGGAGGGCUUCAGCUGGAGGUUCUCAGAUUCCAGCGGGCCUGCAAGGGUAUGGAGUGGCUAGAGAGGGUUUUGAUUCUUGAACCUGAAAUUCCAGUGGAAGAGGAGGAGGAGGAGGAAGAGGAGGAGGAAGAGCUCGGAGAGGAAUGUAAGAACCACUACAAGACAAAGAAACACAAUUUGACAGAACAGCUGGAGGUUACAGAGGAGGGGAAAGAGGAGGGGAGCUUUAGAGGAGAAGAAAAAAAGACAGAGAACAAGGGAAGAGAAGCCAGGUUCGUCAUGGUUGGCUUUCAUGCUGUCCACUUUGUGGUUUGGGACCCGGUGAGGCAGGAGAGGCUAUUAGCAGUGCCUUGUGGUGGGGGGCAUCGCUCUUGGAGUCUCUGGUCGUCCCACAAAGGGUUUUGGCUCGGAUAUGGUGCUCUAGUCUUCAUCAAGCAGGGGGCUGUCCUGGCUUCGCAACCCCCUGGAGAGACACCAAGCUGUGCUGGGAAGGCAGGAAGGACUGGAGGAUGGGGCCUGAGAGAAGGCGUCCAUGGGAGGGGGAUUGGGUGUGUAUGCAGGCUGGGGAGGAUAAAGGGAAUUGGGAAUGAGAUUCAAACAAAGAGUACUGGACAUUUGAUCCCAAUUGAGGGAAAGGAUAGGCUCAAAGAUGAAGUAAAGGAUGUGGAGGAAGAGGAAGGGCAUUGGGAGAUAGUGGUGACGGGAGGAGAGGACACUAGCUUAACCGUCCUGGCGGUGCAUCCCAACUCUGGCAGCAUCAAAGUUCUCUCAGUUAUUACUGACCACAUCUCAAGCGUUCGGACAGUGACAGCGGUAACACACCCAGAGGGAGGAUAUGAAAACCAGACACGGUCUCUCUCUGCUCUGCUUGUGUCAGCUGGCGGGCGAGCUCAAAUGCAGUGUUACCGGCUGUUGAUCAGCUGGGACAGGCAGAUGCUGGUUCCCACCUGCCAGGUGAUCCAGGUGGCCAGUCACCGAUUGGACGAACAGUGGGAGAGGAGGCAGAACCGUCACAAGACGGUGAAAAUGGACCCAGAAACAAGGUACAUGUCUGUAGUGGUAGUGGAUGAGAAGACCGACUGUGGUCCUCUGGCUCUGGCCUGCAGCGACGGUGCGCUCAGAUUGUUCUCACUCAGUGAAGAUAAAUGUCAAAUUGAUUUGUUGUGGGAGACAUUUUACCACCAGCGCUGUGUGCUUAGUGUUGCCGCCUGCAGCCUGGAGGAUGGAAAAGGCAAAAGGUAUAAGCUGCUGUUCAGUGCUGCAACAGAUGGCAAAAUUGCAGUGUGGGAUUUGACUGAAGCUUCUUCCUUAUCGUCCAGUACUUCGAGCAAUGCUCCGACUCCACCAAUCCCAUGCCUCAACAUUCCCGCCCACCGGAGCGGCGUCAACUCAUUGGCUGUUUGGGAAGAGAAACUGGGACAACAAGAGGGUGGAUGCCUGGUAACUGUUGCUAGCGGAGGGGAUGAUGGGCAGCUGACAGUGUCCACGAUUAGGGUGCAGUACCCAGAAGAAGGGAAGACUGGGGGCAGCAGAGAGUUUUUUCAGAUUUCUGAGCCCCUGAUUUCUCUGCAAACCCAGUUCCAACCACCAAACCAGCUUCAUCUUCAUCUUCACUCCCAGUCCCACAUCGCGUUGGCUCACGCUGCCCCUCUGACUGCCCUGAAACUCCUGAGACCAGGCAUCCUGGUCUCCACUUCUUCAGAUCAGAGGGUUUUCCUGUGGAGGGUUGGUAGUACCGGUAUCAGCCAGAUUGGGGCACUGUACUCCCAUGUUGCAGAUGCUGCAGGACUUGCAGUGUGGGAGGGGCAGAUGAUAGAGGAGGAAGGAGGAGAUAAAAAGAGGAAAACAAGUUUUGAGUCUGGACAGGAGAUUGCAAUUUGGAGAGGGAAAGGGAGUCAGACAGGAUUAAGAACGAUGUGUAAAACAGCAGAGGGUAAGACAGAUGGGAGAUCCAAUAAGGACAAGGAAACAGCUGAUGAGGCAGAGGGUGGAGAACUUGUUGAAGCCGUGAGCAUGACAGGUGACCCAGUUUGUAAGACCAGGGAUGAGAAGGGAGGUAAGACAGCUGGUGAACAUAGAAAUCAAACAGAGACUGACAGCAUGGGUAAGACAGAGAGUGAGGUAAACACUGAGACGGGUUUCAAGGCUUCCUGUGAGAGCAAGAAAAGAGAGAGAGAAAAGACGGGAUGGGUGCUGGUCUGCGGCCAGGGCUUCCAAUUACUACGAGUCAGAAAUACAGAGAUGGAUGCAAAGAUGUGGACUACAAGAAGAAAAAGAAAAGGAGAAGGUGAAUCACAGAAUUAAAGUACCUUUACAAGAAAAGUAACAUAAAUGGAAACAAAAGAUACUGGCAGUUCAAAGUCACUUUCUCAAUGGACACAUUUUAAAUAAUUAUUUAUGAAUAAGCUGUAAAAUUCCUUGAUUGCAGCUGUAUAAAUUGAUAUCAAAUGAAUUUUACUUUGGUAAUUUUUUAAUAAAGUUUAUUUAUUCUCCA